AUGAACCAAGAUCCUAAUGAAAAGGAUAUGAUAGGAGAUCUUUUAGAUGGUAUCUUAAUUUUCUCCAAAGUUUAGAUAGUUUUGAAAAUGUCACCAAAAUCAAAAAAUCAUUUACUUCAAAUAGACCUACUACUCUAUAAAUUAAUUAGAAUCAUAAUUAAUCUCCAAUAUAUUAUCCAAAAGUAUAUUCUCCUCAAGUAAAACAAAAACAAAAGUUUUUUAUCUUUAAUAGUUUAGUUCUUAUGAUUUAGAUUUAAGACUCACCAAAGUCCUUGUAUAAUAAAGUGCACCUACUUCAGCAUUAAUACCAAAAUCUUAUGAUUAUGUACCACAAUUUAAUCUAGACGAUGAAACCUCCUUAGAGGGAGAUUUAGUAUCUAAUUACAAUACUAUUUAAGAUAUCUAAAUGUAAAGAUUAAAAUGGGGCUAGAAACAUUCAAAAAGCUUUUUAAGAAGGUUCUAAGACAAUCAGAGAAUAAAUUUUUAAUAAAUUAGAAAAGGGGUUAUUGUCUCUUUCAAAAGAUGUCUUUGGAAAUUAUGUAAUUUAAAAUCUUCUUGAAUAUGGUAAUAUAUUUGUUAAUAAGAGGAACUUUAAUUCAAUAAUAAAAAAUACUAAGCAUUUUAUAACCACACUCUUCAUAAUUAGCAUUUCAUUAAUAUGGAUGUAGAGUUCUAUAAAAAUUAUUAUAAAAUGCACAUAAUACAACAGAUUUUCCAAUAUUAUUUGAUACUAUAAAAAAUAAAGUUAGAGAUUUAAUAAUUGAUUAACAUGGAAAUCAUGUAGUUUAAAAAUUAAUAUAAUUAAUGGAGAGUGAUAUAAGUUUAUGGGUAUUAGAUGGAAUUGAAGGAUAAAUUAAUAAACUUGUGAUUAAUUCAUUUGGUUGUAGAAUAAUUUAAAAAGCUGUCUCAAUUUCUAAUAAUCAUCCUGAUAGAUAAAUGAAAAUUUUAAUUGAAAUAAUGAGGUUAGCUUAUGAACUAAUUAUAUCUCAAUAUGGAAAUUAUAUAAUUUAAUAGCUAUUAAAGGAAGGACCUCUUAUUAUCAAAAAUAUCAUUUAAUAAAUUAUAAUGGAAAAAUUAGAAGAAUAUAGUUUAAAUAAAUUUGGAAGGUUAUUAUUAAUAUAAUAAUUUUAGUAAUGUAGUAGAUUGUGCUAUAAAAUGUUCUGAUAAUUAAUUUAAACUAAAAAUUAUGGAAUUGUUACUGAGUCAUAAUAAUUAAUAAGUUUUAUUUGUAAGAUUAUCAACUAAUGCUUAUGGUAAUUAUGUUGUUUAAAAUUUUUUUAAAUGUGCUGAUAUAGAAAUACAAAAAGAAUUAUAUUUAAAAAUUACUAAUAAUUAAUAACUCUUAUAAGAAAUACAAUAAUAUAAAUUUGGUAACUUAUAAAUUAAUAUCUUUCAAGGUCAAUUUGUUUAUUAAAUGUUGACUUAGAAAUUAGAACUAGAAAACUUCAAUUUAUGA